AGAGGUUGAGGUUGAUAUGACGGGGAUUAGCAUUUCUUCUGGCGCAUGAGCUAGCGCUUUCUUCUUUUUUUGAACCCGAAAUUUUUUAUCCCACUUCCUAUUCCCUGUACCUUAUGACAUUCCACCAUUAAGCAGCCCUAGUGACACGCAACAAUUUAACCAUACUCCACAUACGAUGACACAGGCUUUAGACGAAUUCGAGGCGUAUGUUUUGAAGGCUCAAGAGGAGGACGACAUAUCACCGUCAGAAUCUUACGAUGAGCUGGACGCCAUGGAGGCUCUAAUCAUGAAUGUGAAAGAGGAAGCACCUGAAUCAGACAACGAGACGCCAUAUGGCGUCGAAGAUACGGAAGACGUGAAUGACACUGUGGAAGUACAUGCCGAACAACAAGGUCGCUUUGACCCGUAUUCUAUGAGCAGCAUGUCGGAGAGUGUACAGAUUGCUAUCUCUACAUCAACGCUGGCAGGACACAAGGAUACCACACACGCCUCCGAAUAUCAGCAAAUUGAGAUGGAGGAGGAAGAAGAACGACUUGAUCAGCUCCUUUUUGCAUUAUCGGACGCGAAUGGUCAGGCACCAGCCACGCAGUCGUCUGCUCGAUCAUAUAGUCCCGCAGCAGGCAUCGGUGCUACAACUUCUAGUCAUGUUGACCUUGGCGAACCAGAGAGUAGCACGAAAAACUCAAAUCAAGGGAACAUCCAUCCGAGCGGAAAUGAACGCGAAGAUAGUAUAUUUGAGGAUAUGCCAAGUCAUCAACCAGACGCUCCGACCCAACCAAUACCACAACGGCGAGUUGUGAAACGCAAGCUUCCGGAAUCGUCCCUAUUCGAUAAUACCCGACAGUCGCAUCUGUCCACAGAAGCAACAAGUCACGCAAAUGAACCCUUGUUCCUGAACAAUUCCUCGUCCAAUAAGAAGCGAAUAACUGAUCCGCAAGAAGAUGCCGUAAGAUUGACAGAGGAGGAUUUCGAAAAGACAUCGGUGAUGAAUGAACCGUUGGCUACCAACGUCAAAAGUACAGCAUUGGGCAAAAUCAUGCUCUCCAGUGUACGAAGCUUACCAAACAUAUCUGUGGUGGUGGGUCCACCGGAUUCAGCAGAUGAGUAUGAAUGGUCAGACAGUGGACUCACACCACCGACUUCACCUGAAGGAGGAGCAGAAACAUUUCCAUUGCAUAUUUCUGCUGAAGCUCGGCAAAUGACUGUGACUGAACCAGAGCCUGAAUAUAUCCGUGAAGCGAUUCGAAACAUGUCUAUACUACCAGAAUCAUCGCGGACGCAUGUUGCUACUGGAAAUAGAGAAGGUUCUACUGCUGCCGCAGCGAACGCAACCCGGUUACCAGCUAGGGAAGCGUCAUCUACGUCAACCGAUCUUACAUUGUCUUGGCGACCUGAAACAUCGCAGCAAGAGCGAACCAAUCCACCACCCAAAGUUGAAGUCCAUCGGGCGCCCCCAGUCAAUACUGGGGCCAGACCUGUCAAAAAAGGAAGCAGAAAAGUGCGAAUACCUUGGUCAACGCGAGAAGUGGAUGCUCUUGAGGCGGGCCUGGAAGUGCUAGGAUGGGGACAGUGGCUGGCCAUUAAGAAACUUAAUUAUACUAUUCUCAAGGACAGAGACAAUGUGGCUAUCAAGGAUAAGGCAAGGAACGAAGCACUACGUAGACAGAAAGAGCGAAUACCAUUAGGACCUUAUUGUGGUUGUCCAUUUAUUGCUGACGCAUGAUAAUAAUAACAAAGCUCUACAAACAUCAGCAAGACAAGAUAUGACGUUCUUGUUUUUUUGGUUUUGGUUUUUU